AUGCUGCACCUGGUCCUCGCUGUGCUUCUGUUGGCUGAAUCCUCCACUAACGUCGACGCCAGUCCUGCACCGGGAGCGGCUAAAGAUGACGUGAUCUCCAGGGUGGCUCACUACAUGGCGUCUAACCCCGAGACUCUGUACGAGCUGAUGACGAACGAUGCAGUUGCGGAGGGAGACAUAGUGUUGUCAGAUGACAGGAACGCAGUGGACAGCAUCUGGCCAACACCACACAUCCCGUAUGAAAUCCACCCAGAGCUAGCCAGUCGGACCCACGACAUCCACGCUGCCCUAGCGAUGCUGUCCAAUCCCACCUGUGUGUCCUUCCACGAGCGAACCACUGAGUCCAACUACCUGUUUUUCGACGUCAGCGCAGGUUGUGCGUCAUACGUGGGCUUCAUCGGCGGAGUCCAAUCCGUGUUCAUCGGCCCAGCAUGCACCGUGGGAAACAUCGCCCACGAGCUCCUUCAUGCUCUGGGCCUCUACCACGAACACACCCGGGCGGACCGCGACAAGUACAUCCUGAUUUCUCCUAGUAACAUUAUGCAAGGGAUGCAGAAAAACUUCAAAAUCCAACAAGGAAAAACCUUCGAACUGGAUUACGACGUUGGCUCCAUCAUGCACUACGGAAGUCAUGUGUUCUCAGCCAAUGGCCAGCCCACCAUCCAGCCCAAAAGUGAUGUGAGGAACAUGGGACAGAGGGUUAGACUGACUCACAUGGACAUUGUGAAAGUUAAACUUCUCUACAGAUGUGGUAUGUUUUGUUUGCGGUCGCCAGCUCUAUCUCCACAGCGCUGUGGACCAAGGUUUAGCUACAGCCAGAUGCAUUCUGGGAUAGGAGGAACCGAUCUGACUGGGUCGCAUUUCUUUGAACCAAUCGUCUCGGGUGGCGCUGAGCUCCGGAUGCAGCGGCUGCAGAAUAGUCUCUGGAAGCAACUUAACAACGCCAAGUUAACCCACAACACAAGAGAGGUGUACGCAGCGGUUCACGGAGACGUGGGAAUGAAGGUUCGAUUCAUCCUGAUGUGCACGCCCCAGAUGUUCCAGCUACACAUGUGGAGGGGGGGGAGGGGGCGGGGCACCGAGGGAGGACGCUCACAUUUCCCCUGA